GAAAGGUGUGAUCAACGCAGUUACGCGCGGUGUUGUGUUAAAUUGAAUGACAGUAAGACAUAUUUCAGCCAAGUGUUAACAUUAUUAAACACUGUAAUACAUUUCUAAUCGAAUUCAAAAUGUCCCGGAAUGCUGUGUACUUAAACAUAGGAUCUGAGAACGAGAAGAGCACCAACAAACAAACAAAACGACAUGACGAUUGCUGCCAAACCAUUGUCUUGAUUAUAAUAUCUACAGCGGAUCUUUUUUUGGAUUGGACUUUCUUUAACGAUUUUGACUCAGCAAAAAGUGUCAAACAUAGUUCAAUUGUAUUCUGGAUUUGGAUUUUCUGUUGCGUUGGAACCGUGACGUGUGUCGCUGAAAUUUGUAACCAUAUAAAUCGUUUUAUGGAUAAAGAUGAGCUCUCAGCCUUUUGUGUCUGGUUUGAAGACGUCCCUCAGAUAUGUUUAAGUCUGCUGGCCGCCAUAUACAUCGAGCAACCUGUAGCUGGAGUACAGUGGUUCAAGAUAGCUCUUGUGGUUGGGAACUUGCUGUUUCUGCUCUGUGCACUGUUUGAUGGAUGUUGUGAGAGUGAAACAAGUGAAAGUAGAAAGUGGAUCAAGGCUGGUACUUUCAUCGAACUUGUUAUUGCUGUUAUUUUGGCAGGAGUUGGGUGGAAAAAAUAGCUUUGAAAUCAUUGUCAUUUUAAAGGUUUCACAAAUCUAUGCAUGUACUGUUUUUUUAAUUAUCGCUUUUUAAAAUUUUGUAGUUUCAGUUUAUAAGUUUGCAAUGUAUCAACUGAUUAUUUACGAGAUGAGUUGUUAUUGCUUUCGUAAAAUAAAUUAAACGCUUAAGAUGUUCAGGUAAUUACUUUGUGACCCAAUAUUAAAUAAUGAGUUUUUAACUGUGCAGGCUGCUCAAACACAUGCAUAAAAAGGGUCUCU